AUGGUUCAACGACUUUUGGAAACAAAUGACCCUCAAAUGGAAAAAUUAGCUACUGAUUUAUUUGUUAGAUUUUCUGGAAUUGAGGAGGAUUCACCUUCUUAUCAUCGCCAAUAUGAUUUUUUUAUUUCAAAAUUUUCUUCAAUGUGUCAUGCGAAUCGCGGUGAUUAUGUGCGCUCACAACGAUUUAAUGGGCUUCGAGGUCUUAGAGGUUAA